AUGACCGCCAAACGAACAUGGCAACCGCCAUACCACCUUGGCGCGAGGAUGAGCCAUAAAGCGGACUUGGGGCUGAUUCUUCUCACAACCACAUUGGUAAACUUCUUGGAUCUCUUCCAACUUUCUGCCGUUCUCUUCGGCCUCCCCGACAUCCAAAGCUCGUUGAACUUCACCCCUGAAGAUAUCAACUGGGUGCUGAUUGUUUACAAUAUCACCUUUGCGUCAUUCCUUCUGAUUGGGGGCCAGCUGGGUCAAAGACAUGGCCUGGAAAGAACUUUUAUUGCUGGCACGGGAAUUCUUACUGUGUCAAACAUCAUCAACACUGCUGCUCCCAACAAGGCUGCUCUGCUUGCUGGUCGCUCUAUCUCGGGCAUUGGGGCUGGAUUGACUGCUCCAAAUGGCCUGGCCAUCUUGAGCCGGAAGUUUGAAGACGGUGACGCUCGCAAUAAAGCACUGGCGAUAUAUACUGCUUGUGCUCCUUUGGGAUCAACCAUUGGCACAGUUGUUGGUUCCCUUCUUGCAUCAUCCCCUGCUGGCUGGAGAUCGAUAUUCUGGCUCUGCCUCAUCCUCACAGCUCUUUCCACGGUUCUGGCAUGUCUCUUUCUUCCAGAGUUCUCUCGAGAGAAUGUACCAAUCGACGUGAUAGGAGCAGUUGUGUUCACUGCAGGUAUCGCUCUGCUGGUGUAUGGUCUCAAUGACAGCUCCAGACUUGGCUGGUCAGCACCAUCUGUUCUCGUUGGAAUAAUACUGGGCGUCUGUCUCCUUCUGGCUUUCAUUGUCGUUGAGAAACGAGUUCCCAACCCGGCCGUUCCCAAAUACGUUUGGAAAUCAUUGCCCUUCUUCCUCAUGUUGGUUGCUAUUUUUGCUUUUGGCGGCAGCUUCAGUUCGUGGUUUUUCAUCACCACCCAGCUUUGCGUGAACCUACUUCGCUAUACCCCAGUUUUGACCGCAGUAUACUUUUUGCCAGGCGCAUUCUGCGCCAUCGUUAGUGGCGGCCUCUCAACCCCAAUGGUCAAGUUCAUCGGAGAAAAAGCAACCCUCGUCAUCGGUCUCGGGAUCACUGCUGCAGGCGGUGUUGCCUGGGUAUUCGCGACACCCGAGCGCGCAGGAGGAACCGCACACGGAGAAGGAUACUGGUAUUCGAUCGUGGCUGCAAUUAUCUUCGUCUGCGGAAGCCCAGUCGCCAUGGUACCUGCGCAAAGCAUCUUGCUUCGUCAGGUCGAGGCUGGAAACCAUGCUGUGGCGAGCGCUCUUUUCAAUACUGCUUAUCAGGUUGGAGCAAGUGUGCUCCUUGCGGGAGCAAAUGCGUUGAUCAAUGCGAAACAGGUAGACAUGCAUGGUGUGGUUAUGGCAUCCAUGGAAGGCUACCGGGACGCGUUUUGGCUUUUGACUGGCGUUCUGGGAGGUGCGGCUCUUAUCGUGGCUAUCUGCUAUUGGCCUGUAAAGUCUGAAAAGCCUGAAAGAGCCAUUGAAGAGGCGUUGGUUGAGAAAGAGACCACAGAUACGAAGACUGUUUGA